AGGCUGGCCGGAGGAGAAGGGAGCAAGGGUUCAGAAAAAAAUGGCUGGUGCCAUGAGGGUGUCCGUACAGGGGAUGAGGUUGCUCGGGGGAGUUCUGAUGCCGAAGACGCCCCUCCUCUCCUCGCCCUGUUCUCUUGGCCUCCCUCGUCACCCAUUCCUGAACCCAAAUCUCCGAGCUUCAGGAUUUUGUGAUGUAGCCCAUGCUUUGAAGGGUGGCGAUGAUGGUUUACUGAAAGGCAUAAAAGAUAAGGAGAUACUUGAAGAAGUAAAAAGACUACUUGAAAUGGGAAGGCGGGCAUUAUCAAGAAGAGAAACCAUACAUUCAGAUUUUCUCACUCCUCCAGUAUUAAAAGAAGCAACAGCAGCACUGGAGAAACUUUCUGAUGUCAAAGCAGUUGCCCAGGGAGGAUAUCCAGAGGCUGAACGCUGCCGCCUUUCCAUUGGACAUAUUGAUGACUUCCAAGCAGAUCCAGAUGUUGUUGCUGCUCUUAGUAUCUCAGGGAACUUUGAGUUUGAACCUUGUUCUCAUGGGGAUUUCCUGGGUGCUAUUCUUGGUACUGGUAUUACACGAGAGAAGCUGGGAGACAUUAUAUUGCAGGGUGAGAAGGGGGCCCAAGCUCUUGUGGUUCCUGAAUUGGUUGAGUUUUUGGAAUCAUCAUUGCAAAAGGUGGGAAGUGUUCCAGUUUCUUGCACAAAGAUGCCUCUACUGGCGUUGGAAUUUCUGCCACCAAGGACUAAAACUCUCAAGUCAAUUGAAGCAUCAUUGCGAGUUGAUGCAGUUGCUAGUGCAGGAUUUCAGAUAUCUCGUACAAAGCUUGGGAAUAUGAUCUCAAAUGGGGAUGUUCGAGUUAACUGGACACCCGUCACUAAAAGUGGUACGACUCUGAAAACUGGCGAUAUGGUUUCUGUGAGUGGUAAAGGGAGGUUGAAGAUUGGGGAGAUCACAACAACAAGGAAAGGCAAGUAUGCCAUUGAGCUCAUCCGGUAUCUUUGAAGAUUCUAAUAUGGCAAGGUCUUCUGAAACAGAGGAGUAGCAGAAAAGUUGUGGAACUGAUGAGGCCUAUCAAUGACUAGUACUCUGGAGUCAUGAGUUCUCUAACAAAAAUAUGGAUUCAUUAGCUAGGCCAUUAUGAGAUGCAACAGAGAUCAAUGUGGAUAUUGCUGAUACCGUGAGAAUCUGAAGGUUGCAGAUUUAACCUGUGAAAAUACUUGGUAAUUGCACUUCUCCACCGCAGGUUGGGUGCUUGGUCUAUUAGUUAUUGCUUAGAACAACCCUAGGUUUUGAGAAAAUGCAUGAUGAAAUGCAUUGUUUUGCAGUUUUAUUUAGGUGUUUCAAGGAUUACAUUCAUUGUGGCAUUAUUUGUACUAUUUUUGAGAUCUCUUCGGAGUUUCAUGGCUUUGCCAUUUUGUCUAUAAUUUCAAGAAUACCAGCCUAUACUCUUUUCAAA